AGCUGGGCUGCUGCUAGCUCCAGACAGUGCCCACCUGUGCCCGUGGGUGUCCAUCACCACCUCGGCACCCCUUCUGGGGUUCAGCUAGAGGCCACCCAGCUCAGCUGCGGCAGUGGCUGGGGGUCACCUGGCCAGGGGGUCCUCAGCGAUGGUGCGCCUGUGGCCACUCUGCAUCCUGCUUCCUGCCUUCUUGGUGUCUGUGGCAGCCAAUAGGCCCCCACAGUUCCCAGCCAAUUUUGUGGCAGUGAAGUUGCCUGAAGAUCUGCCGGUGGGUCAUGAGGCCUUCUGGUUGGUGGCUGAAGACCCUGAUAAUGAUACUCUGACCUACGGGAUUAGUGGUCCCAGAGCUUACUACUUCUCUGUUAACCAAAGCACUGGGGAAGUGAAGCUGGCCAGCCCUCUGGACUACGAGACAGAGAACAACAUCAGGAUUACCGUCUCUGCUGAUGACCAUCACAAUGCUCCAACGCUCAAGGAAAUAACAGUAAUUUUGGAGGACAGAAAUGACAAUGCACCUGUUUUCAAGAACACGGACUUCUCCACCACCAUCAGUGAGUUCCUGCCAGUUGGCACUGUGGUGUUCUCUGUGCUGGCGACGGACGUUGACACCGGGUCAGGUGGUGUGGUGGUGUACAGCAUCGUAAAGAUCAUCCCUGACACCGUGGAAAACGAGAAUCUCUUCCGCAUCCUGGACAAUGGCUCGAUCAUACUGGAGGGCAGCCUCAGCUACAAUAAUAAGAGUGCCUUCUACCAGCUGGAGCUGAAGGCCUGUGACAAAGGUGGAUUGUUGCACAAUGAGUUCACCAUCCAGUGCUCCACACCUGUCUUCCUGUCCAUCUCUGUGGUUGAUGAGCCGGACCUCGACCCUCAGUUUGUCAGGGAGUUUUACUCAGCCACUGUGGCUGAAAACACAGCCCUGGGAACGUCGGUGCUGAAGGUGGAGGCUGUGGACAGGGACAGAGGUGUCAAUGACAAUGUGACCUACACCAUCUCCAACUCCACAAAGCCGGGGUGGUUCGACAUCGGGCAUGAUGACGGGGUGAUCAGGGUCAGUGGCCCUGUGGACCGGGAGCAGCUGCUGGAGGAGAACGAGGAGGUGCAUGUAAAAGUCACGGCCACUGAACAGAACUUCAACAUCUUUGGGCAAGUGGCCAAGGUAAGCAUAUGGAUCACCAUAAGGGUGACCGACGUCAAUGACCACAAGCCAGAGUUCUACAACUGCAGCCUCCCAGCCUGCUCCUUCAGUCCCCAGGAAGCUCAAAUCAACUUCACGGGCAGCGUGGAUGAGCAUGCCUCAGCCCGGAUCCCCAUCAGUGAUCUCACCAUGGUGGCCUACGACCCAGACCAGGGCAUAAAUGGUACCUUCAUACUGUCACUGGAGGGCCCUGAUGCCCAAGCCUUCAGCGUGUCCCCAGAGCGGGCAGUGGGCUCUGUGGACGUACACGUGCUAGUGAAAAACUCAGAGAUGGUGGACUAUGAGAUAAAGACGGUGAUGCAGGUGGAGGUCGUGGCCACUGACUUGGGCAGCAAGAAUUUCUCUGUUGCUACAGUGACCAUCUAUCUUAGAGACAUUAAUGACCACAGGCCCACAUUCUCCCAGAGCUUGUAUCUCCUCAGUGUGCCAGAGCACAGUGAGACAGGCUUUGUGGUCACCAAUAGCAUCCAUGCUACAGACCCAGACACGGGCUUGUGGGGCCACAUCACCUACAGUCUGCUCCCAGGAAAUGGAGAUGACCUGUUUGAAGUGGACCCGGACACAGGGACAGUGACAGUGAAAAAUGGCACACUGUUGGACCGGGAGAAGCAGGCUGUCUACUACCUCACAAUGCAGGCCACAGAUGGGGGAAACCAGUCCAGUACCACCACAUUGCAGAUCACCCUGUUGGACAUUAAUGACAACCCACCCGUUGUCUCUGGCUCCUACAAUAUCUUUGUGCAGGAGGAGAUAGAGAAUGUCUCGGUGAUCAUCCAGGCUGAUGAUGCCGAUGAGCCUGGAACCGACAACAGCCGCCUGCUCUUCACCCUGCUGCCGGGACCCUACAGCCACAACUUUUCCCUGGACCCCAUCACAGGGCUUCUCACGAACUCGGGACCCCUGGACCGAGAGGCCAUAGACCCUGCCCUGGGGGGCCGCAUCGUGCUGACUGUGCAUGUGGCUGACUGUGGCGUGCCUUCCCUCAGCACCAAUGUCAAUGUGACUAUCAACGUCGAGGACAUCAACGACAACAUUCCCAUCUUCAACCAGUCUGUCUACCAAUUCUUUGUGAAGGAGAGGGAACCAGGCGUGCUGGUGGGCACGGUGGAGGCCUGGGAUGCAGAUCAGACGGAGACCAACAACCGCAUUAGCUUCAGUCUGAGCGGGACUGGCGCCAACAACUUUGUACUCCGAGGCUCUGUGCUGGGGUCUGGGAGGGCACAGGGUCAGCUCUGGCUGUUCCCGGAUGUGAGCCUGGACUACGAAGAACAGCAGUUCCUCGAGCUGACAGUGAGUGCAGAGAACCCAGGCCCCCAGGGGCAUGAGGCCACGGCAGAAGUUAACGUGACCGUACUGGAUGUGAACGACGUGCCACCCACCCUGGAUGAAGCCUCACUCCAGGGUAUCCAUGUGUUUGAGAAUGGCUCACAGCAUGGCCAAGUGGCUGAGGUGGUGGCCUACGACGUGGAUACCGAGGCUGACGUGGAGAUACAGCUAGUGAACGUCAUCUGUACCAAGGCUGGCGUGGAUGUGGGCAGCCUGUGCCAUGGCUGGUUCUCCGUGGCAGCCAACGGCUCCGUGUACAUCAAUCAGAGUGAUGCCAUUGACCGUGAGGCCUGUGAUCUGGUCACACUGGUUGUGCGGGCAUAUGAUCACACCACCGAUCCCCGCUUCGAGGCCUACAGUAAAAAUGGGAGUCUCCCCAUCACCAUUGAGGACAGGAAUGACAAUGCACCCUACUUCCUGCCUGACAAUCAGACUUUUGUGAUCAUCCCAGAACUAGUGAUACCUGGCCAACAGGUGGCUUCUGUCCAGGCCCGAGAUGAGGACUCAGGAGGCAACGGGGCCAUCACCUUCUCCAUCCUGCAAGCGGAUUUCAUCUCCACACAUGGGACCACCACUCCAGCUCAGGGCUUCUUCAGGGUCAUCACCUCAGCGGAGGCCAGCCUAUUCACUGGCAGUAUUGUGCUGGUGACCAACCUUGAUUCCACACUCCAAGGCAUUUACCAGAUGAAAGUCCAGGCUGAGGACCAACCUCCCAUGGAUCCAGUACUGAAAGCCCAGACCACUUUGAAUCUCUUCACAGUGGACCAGAGUUACCGUGUGAGGUUACAAUUCUCUACCAGCAAGGAGGAUGUGGGCGCCCAUGUAGAGGAAAUCAAAGCGGCUCUUAUCCAGGCGACCCGAACUACUGUGUACAUUGUGAAUAUCCAGGACAUAGACUCUGUGACUCGGGCCCAAGCCCACUCCUACCUUGAUGCCUACUUUGUCUUCUCCAAUGGGACAGCCUUGACACUUAACGAGCUGAGUGUGAUGAUCCGGAGAGACCAGGACACCCUGAAGAAGCUGUUGGAACUGGGGCUGGUGGUGGUGGGCUCCCAGGAGAGCCAGGAGUCUGACCAGCCGAAAAUGCUCACCAGUGUCAUCAUAGGACUAGCGGUGGCUUUGCUGCUGGUCCUUGUGAUCAUGACCGUGGCCCUGGUGUGUGUGCGGAAGAGCUACCACCGGAAGCUGCGGGCUAUGAAGGCUGGCAAGGAGGCCAGGAACACAGCGGCAGGGGUGACACCCUUGGCCCCUGCUAUCCCCGGGACUAACCUGUAUAACACUGAGCGGGCCAAUCCCAUGCUGAACCUGCCUACCAAGGAUUUGGGAUUGGAGUACCUCUCCUCCUCCAGUGACUUGGACUACGUCAGCCUCAACUCCCUAGAUGACAACUCUGUGGACCUGGACAAGGACAGCCCGGAAACCAAGAAGGAGUCUGCUGGUCCACUUGAGCUGGAGCCAGAGCCCCUGAGCGUGGUGCUUUCAGGAAGACAGAAGGACACAAAUGGACAGUCACUAGCCUUCACCAAUCCCGGCCUGGACACCACAGAUCUGUGACAGAGACCCCCUUUCUUCUUACCUGCCUGGGAAGAGUUGCUCUCAAGCCUGAACUGCACACCUGCACCUCCCCAAAUAUAAUAUAUAACCUUG